CAGUUACCUGCACCGCCCGAGCCGCACCUGGCGGAGGCAGAGUCGCAAAGCGGGCGAGUUCGCAACGGCCGAGCGGAGAGGAGGAACGGCGCCCGGCUGGGGAGGCGGCGGGCGGCGAGCAGGGCGCCGGAGGCGGUGGAGGGCAGGCGGCAGCCGCGCUCGGCCCGCUCCGCUCCGCCUGGGCGGCUGGGCGCACCCGGCCCGCACCGCGCUGCUGCGGGCGCACAUGGCAGCGUGAGAGGCGGGCGGCGGGAGGAGCGGGCGGCGCCGGGGCCGCAGGGCCGCAUGGACAGCGGCGCCACCCCGGCCGGCCCCCGUUAGGGUCCCCAGUCCGCGGGCGCCACCCCCCGAUCAUGGUGCCUCGGCGGCCGCCUGGACUAGGGACGGCCGGCCGGAGCCGCUGAGCCCGCGGCGGCCGCGAGCUGCAUGGGGGAGCUCGGGCCGCGCUCGGGAAGAUGCCCCGGCCGGAGUUGCCCCUGCCGGAGGGCUGGGAGGAGGCCCGCGACUUCGACGGCAAGGUCUACUACAUAGACCACACGAACCGCACCACCAGCUGGAUCGACCCGCGGGACAGGUACACCAAACCGCUCACCUUUGCCGACUGCAUUAGUGAUGAGCUGCCACUAGGAUGGGAAGAGGCGUAUGACCCCCAGGUUGGAGAUUACUUCAUAGACCACAACACCAAAACCACUCAGAUUGAGGAUCCCCGGGUGCAAUGGCGGCGGGAGCAGGAGCACAUGCUGAAGGAUUACCUGGUGGUGGCCCAGGAGGCUCUGAGUGCACAGAAGGAGAUCUACCAGGUGAAGCAGCAGCGCCUGGAGCUCGCGCAGCAGGAGUAUCAGCAGCUGCAUGCCGUCUGGGAGCACAAGCUGGGCUCCCAGGUCAGCUUGGUCUCCGGCUCAUCAUCCAGCUCUAAGUAUGACCCUGAGAUCCUGAAAGCAGAGAUUGCCACUGCAAAAUCCCGGGUCAACAAGCUGAAGAGAGAGAUGGUUCACCUGCAGCACGAGCUACAGUUUAAAGAGCGUGGCUUUCAGACUCUGAAGAAAAUCGAUAAGAAAAUGUCUGAUGCUCAGGGCAGCUACAAACUGGAUGAAGCUCAGGCUGUCUUGAGAGAAACCAAAGCCAUCAAGAAGGCCAUCACCUGUGGGGAAAAGGAAAAGCAAGAUCUCCUUAAGAGCCUCACCAUGCUCAAGGACGGCUUUUGCACUGACAGAGGGUCUCACUCCGACCUGUGGUCCAGCAGCAGCUCUCUGGAGAGCUCAGGUUUCCCGCUGCCGAAGCAGUACCUGGACGUGAGCUCCCAGACGGACAUCUCAGGAAGCUUCGGCACCAGCGGCAACAAUCAAUUGGCAGAGAAGGUCAGACUGCGUCUUCGAUAUGAAGAGGCUAAGAGAAGGAUCGCCAACCUGAAGAUCCAGCUGGCCAAGCUCGACAGUGAGGCCUGGCCAGGGGUGCUAGACUCAGAGAGGGACCGGCUGAUCCUCAUCAAUGAGAAGGAGGAGCUUCUGAAGGAGAUGCGCUUCAUCAGCCCCCGGAAGUGGAGCCAGGGGGAGGUGGAACAGUUGGAGAUGGCUCGGAAGCGUCUGGAGAAGGACCUGCAGGCAGCCCGGGACACACAGAGCAAGGCACUGACAGAGAGGUUAAAGUUAAACAGCAAGAGGAACCAGCUGGUCAGAGAACUGGAGGAGGCCACCAGGCAGGUAGCAGCCCUGCACUCGCAGCUGAAGAGCCUCUCAAGCAGCAUGCAGUCCCUGUCCUCGGGCAGCAGCCCUGGGUCCCUCACGUCCAGCCGGGGCUCGCUGGCCGCCUGCAGCCUGGACUCCUCCACCUCGGCCAGCUUCACCGACCUCUACUAUGACCCCUUCGAGCAGCUAGACUCCGAGCUGCAGAGCAAGGUGGAGCUUCUGCUCCUGGAAGGCGCCACGGGCUUCCGGCCCUCAGGUUGCAUCACCACUAUCCACGAGGACGAGGUGGCCAAGACCCAGAAGGCGGAGGGAGGUGGCCGCCUGCAGGCCCUGCGCUCCCUGUCUGGCACCCCGAAGUCAAUGACCUCGCUGUCCCCACGCUCCUCGCUCUCCUCCCCGUCCCCGCCCUGCUCCCCUCUCAUUGCCGACCCCCUACUGACUGGAGAUGCCUUUCUGAGCCCCCUGGAGUUUGAAGACCCAGAGCUAAGUGCCACUCUCUGUGAGCUGAGCCUCGGGAGCAGCACCCGGGAAAGAUACCGGCUGGAAGAACCAGGAGCGGACGGCAAGCCUCUGGGCCAAGCUGUGAAUGCAACCCAAGGGUGCGGCCUGAAAGUGGCCUGUGUCUCGGCCGCAGUGUCGGACGAGUCAGUGGCCGGGGACAGUGGUGUGUACGAAGCUUCUGUGCAGAGACUGGGUGCUUCAGAAGCCACGGCUGCAUUUGACAGUGAUGAAUCAGAAGCAGCAGGUGCCACUAGAGUUCAGAUUGCCCUGAAGUACGAUGAGAAGAAUAAACAAUUUGCAAUAUUAAUCAUCCAGCUGAGUAACCUUUCUGCUCUGUCCUUGCUGCAAGACCAGAAAGUGAACAUCCGUGUGGCUAUCCUCCCUUGCUCCGAAAGCACCACCUGCCUGUUCAGGACCCGGCCCCUGGACGCCUCGGACUCCCUCUUGUUCAAUGAGGUGUUCUGGGUGUCCGCAUCCUACCAAGCCCUUCACCAGAAGACCUUACGAGUCGAUGUCUGCACCACCGACAGGACCCACGUGGAAGAGUGCCUGGGAGGCGCCCAGAUCAGCCUGGCUGAGGUCUGCCGCUCCGGGGAAAGGUCGACGCGCUGGUACAACCUCUUGAGCUACAAAUACUUGAAGCAACAGAGCAGUGGGCCCAAGCCAGCCGGAGCCGCGGGCCCCAGCCCAGGGCCUGAAUGCACGGACGCUGUGUCUGCCCUGCUGGAACAGACAGCGGUGGAGCUAGAGAAGAGGCAGGAGGGAAGGAGCAGCUCACAGGCACUGGAAGACAGCUGGAGGUACGAGGAGGAGACCUUCGAGAACGAGGCAGUGGCUGAGGAGGAGGAGGAUCAGGAGGGGGAGGAAGAGGAGGCAGAAGAGGAUGUCUUCUCUGAGAAAGCCUCCCCAGAUGGGCACCCGGCAUUAAAGGUGGACAAAGAGACCAACACGGACACGGUGGCCCCGUCCCCCACAGUGGUGCGGCCCAAGGACCGGCGUGUGGGCACCCCAUCCCCAGGGCCAUUUCUUCGGGGGAGUACCAUCAUCCGCUCCAAGACCUUCUCCCCGGGGCCCCAGAGCCAGUACGUGUGCCGGCUGAAUCGGAGUGACAGUGACAGCUCCACUCUCUCCAAAAAGCCACCUUUUGUUCGAAACUCCCUGGAGCGGCGCAGUGUCAGGAUGAAGCGGCCUUCCUCGGUGAAAUCCCUGCGCACGGAGCGUCUGAUCCGCACCUCGCUGGACCUUGAGCUGGACCUGCAGGCCACGCGGACCUGGCACAGCCAGCUGACUCAGGAGAUUUCGGUGCUGCGGGAGCUCAAGGAGCAGCUGGAGCAAGCCAAGAGCCACGGGGAGAAGGAGCUGCCGCAGUGGUUGCGGGAGGACGAGCGCUUCCGCCUGCUGCUGAGGAUGCUGGAGAAGAGGAUGGACCGAGCAGAGCACAAGGGUGAGCUACAGACAGACAAGAUGAUGAGGGCGGCCGCCAAGGACGUGCAAAGGCUGCGCGGCCAGAGCUGUAAGGAGCCUCCAGAAGUGCAGUCGUUCAGGGAGAAGAUGGCGUUUUUCACCCGGCCCCGGAUGAAUAUCCCAGCACUCUCUGCAGAUGACGUCUAAUCGCCAGAAAAGUAUUCCCUUUGUCCCUCUGACCACGCUGUGAAUGUCGACUGUGGCUAAAGUUAUUUAUGUGGUGUUAUAUGAAGGUACUGAGUCACAAGUCCUCUAGCUCUUGUUGGUUUGAAGAUGAACCAAUUUUUUAGUUUGGGUUCUAUUGUUAUUAUUAAAAAAAAAAAAAAUACAAAAAAAAAAAA